AUGCCGGCAGCCUGCACCCUGCUGCUGCUGCUGGGGCUGGUCCCUCCGGCCGGGUCAUUGCCCCUUGCUUCCCCACGGCGUCUUCCUCCUCGUCCUCCUCCUUCGUCCCGAAGCCGCCUCGGCCGCCCUUGCUCGCCUCCCGCCGCGGGACACGCCGGCAGCCCGGGGGCUAUGUCACAGCAGCUAAGUGCUGUGUGGAGGCUAAUGGCUCCAUCACCUUUGCAUCUCUCGGAAGUGGCACAGGAUUAUGCUGAUUUAGCAGAGGGGAUGUGGUACCAGGUUAGAAAGGCAGUUGGCCUGGUCAUUGAAAGCGCCGGGCAGGCAAGGAGGUCGGAUAUGGAGAUAAGGACUUCUGGUGCUCCUGUGGAUGGUGUGGAGCUGGUGACGAUGCUGGCCAGGAUUGGGGACCAGACAUUGCUGCCUGCCAGCCAUGGUGCUGUGCUGGCAGCCAGUGAGGUCACGAGGCAUGCCGCUCCUCUCAGCGGCCAUAGGGAUGCCACCCCACCGGGAGCAGGACCCUCAGACAGCCCAUCUGCUGGGAUAACGACUAGCCUGCCCACUCAUAACCAUCCUCCUGCUGCAGGAAGUCAUCACCGUGCUAUGGGUAGCCGAGAGAGAGGCAAGAGGGCUUUGGCUUCUCCCAGCACACCUGCAACUGCUGAGAGGACAUCAUUGUUUUUGGCAGCCAUCAGCUCUGAUUCUGCUGAGAGGACACUGGGCAGGGACCACAGGGCCUGGGACACGGUGGAGUUUGACAGCACAAUGAGGACAGUGCUGCCUCCUUCAUCCACAGAGACUCGUCACCCAGGUGAGCCAUCCCGGGUCAGCCUGGGAAUAAGGUGGAUGCUGCUCCCUGGAGAAAGCACUGGUGGCCCCUCUCAACCACCAGGCAGCUGGGUGGGCAUGGAACCACUUGGUAGCUCUCCCAUGGGCACUGCAGCCACUUCACCUGGUCCUUUGGGGAGUGAUGGGGGAAUUUACAACCUCCCCAGCAUCCCCAUCCCUGGCUCUCCAGGACAGCCCCAGUUCUUUCCCCGAGCUUCCAGUACCCAGACUGGUACGAGCCACAUCAUCCUACAUCCCAGAGAUGUCACAGGGGACUCCACAAGCCCUCUCACAGCAUUGCCUGCCACAGGCAGCACUUUUGGAGCCAUUGGAAGCAGCUACCAACCAUCCAGCAUCUCGGCCACAGAGAGGAGAGUUUCGGAUUUCCCCACCACCAGCACCUCCAUUUCCACAACAGCCACCAAGGGUGGAGAGAGGACGUUAAGGUCUGUGCCAGCCAGCACCAGACUGGCUGAUGCAGCAGAGAUUUCCACCUCUGGUACUGAAAUCACCAGCUCUUCAGAUCAGAUUCGGUCCUCUUCAGGAGCCCAGGGUGGUGGUGGCAGAGGUGCCAUAGACCAAAUCCUCACAGGCUCGCCGUCUGCUUCAGAUAGCGCUUCCACAACCUUUAGCAGCAAUUACGAACCCAAGAGCAUCCCAGCUGCAGAAGAGAUGAUGAUGUACUUGGACGCCCACGGUGGUGACAUGCCCAGUGCAGCAGCAGGGACAGAGGUGUCCCCUGCAAACAGCCACACAGCCAGGCUUACAAGGGGCUCCGCCACCAGCACCAACCCUACCGGUUCUUUGGGCAGCACCUUCUUCUUGCGGGCCAGGACACACCGUCCUAACAGCUCACAGGAAGCCACUGAUCUCCUGACACCUGCUGGGGAGCCUUCACUCACAAGCUCCCUCUCUGCCUCUGGAAGUACUUUAAGAGGUGUCAGGAGCAGCCACCAACCCGAUAACAGCUCAACGACAGAGAAAAACCCCCUUGCUUCCUCUCCCACCAGCACUUUCAUUUCAGCCAAGGCCACCAGCAGCAGCAGGAGGCCCCCAAGGUUUGCCUCGGGCAGCAGUGGAUGGGCAGCAGAAGCCUCCAUGUCCAGUGGUGGCACCUACAGGACCUUGGGUACAAUUCAAUCCUCAUCCAUGUCUUCUGUGAGAGAGACUCCUGGAGUUCAUGGGCCCAGAGAAAUCAUGGAUUUCACUGAGCAAGCAGCAGACCCUUUGCUAACACGCUCUGACUCUCCUUCACAAGGUCCUUCCCGAGCUACUGGAAGCAACCAUGUUUCAUUCAGCAUCCUGUCAACAGAGAGAAGAAUGGAUUACCCUACUCCUGGUGCCUCCAUUUCCAUAACAGCCACAAAGGGUGGAGGGAGGACAUUAAGGUCUCUGCCAGCCAUCACCAGAUUGACCCAAACAACAGAGAUUUCCACUACUGCUACCAAAACCAUCAGUUCUCCAGACUACACCUGGUCCUCUUUGGGAGCCCAUAGUGGUGGUGGCAGAGGUGCCACUGUGUUGUCCAUGUUGUCCACUGGGUUGCUCGCAGGCUCUCCACCUGCCUCAGAAAGCACUUCCCCAGCAGAAAGGACCUCAGCUAUGGGAGAACACCUGCCUGAUGUUCCUCUUACCAGUACACCCAGCUCAGCGGUAGCCACACGUGGUGAGGAGAGAAGCACAGUACCCAUGUCAGACACCCAUGCAGCAUUCAGCACUGCAGGGAGCUCCACUCCCACUCCUCUCCACACCAGCUUCUUGGAUGGGGUUCUUCUGCUGUCCUCAUCAGCAACAGAGCCUGGAAGGCAGAGCCGUAUUUCACAGAGUGGUGCUGGACUUGGUGAGCUUUCAACAAAGACACUGCCUGUGUUUUCUCCAAGCAUUUCAGUGCCUUCACCAAGUGCGACACUCUCCAGCCACAAGGAGGGAGCAUCCCAGCCUGAAGUUAACCAUGGUGUGUGGAGCACAGCAGGAGAAAACCUCCCAUCUUACCCAGAUACAGUCAGAGAGCCUCACACUGGCCCCCUCCUGUCCUCCACAGCAUGGCCUGGAGCAGAACACAUCUCAUCCAGCCGAGCAGGGUACCCAGAGCCUAAGAUCACCCUUUCAUCCAAGGUCUCCCCCUACUUCACAGCUGCCAGUGAACCUUCCACCAUGGGCAGAAUCCAUCACUCCCUAAGCAGCCAAAAUGCAGAGGAAGGGGUGCCCAGCCCCAGGACUGAUCCUGUGUACAAUUCAUCCACAUCUGCUGGCAGUGGAGAGAGGACGCUGCACUGGGUGGUGGGCAGCACACUGGCUGAUGGCACGGAGAGCUCUGCUUCCUCCACCGAAGCCACUGGCUCUCCAAGGCUGGCUCAGGCAGCUUCAGAGGAGCAGAGCAGGACAGUCCACACCUCCACCAGCAGUGGGGGCUUUGCAGGCUUUGUGACAGAGACGCUCUUCACACGUUCUUCCAAGAUACCCACUCACUCUUCUUUCCAAGGCGAUCUCACAAGUAAGUCAGUGUCUCUUGGCCAUCCGCCAGUCAGUGGCAUCGAUGCUGAGAAAAGGACCUCGGUUUCUCAUACAGAUGGCACGUACAUUUCAACCACAUAUACCAGAGGAGGAGAAAGGACCCUUCUGUCCAUCUCAAAUAGCAGCACCUCUGCUGAUUCUUCAGAAAGUUCCACCUUUUUUUCUGAAAUUUCCAGCCCUUCUGAUUCAUCCAAGUCUCCUGUGGCACAGGACAACAGCAGCAAUGUAUCCAGCGAUGACAGUUUUGUUGAACCAUCUACAGAGCCCUUGGUGGUACACUCUUCCAAACUGUUGACUUUUGCUUCUGCAGACAGCAUACAAAAUACAACUGUUUUCAGCACAGACUCUGAGUUGUUGACCACUGGCAGAUCAUCUCUAUCUUCAUCAGGAUUUCCAGCCUCUUCCUCCCUGUCAUCACUGCAUCACUCGUUGUCAUCAACACCACCACCGCUGAUGUUUACUACGUCAGAAUCAUCUGAGCUGCUCUCAUCCUCUGUGACAGCAUCUUCACCCCCUUUGCAGGCUUUGUCAUCCUCCUCACCCACUUCCUCAUUGCUUUCCUCAUCUUAUUCAUUAGUAUCCUUAUUGCCUCUGUUUUCAUCACCAUCAUCCAUCUCACAGUCCAAUGAUAGUGAUCAAGCAAGCACCCCUGUAGCUACAACUGUGGUCAGGCGGGUACCCUCCACAGCUGCCGUGGCUAGGAGCUCACCCAGAGGGACCAACAAGCACAGUGUUACACACCAGCCCCAAAACAGAACCAUCUUCACCUCCACUGAGUCUCCUUUCCCUACAGCACCCAUGGAGCAGCUUGGUGGACACGUCGUGACUGUGUCUGCUCCCACGAUGGCGACAGAGACUGCCUCGCUGAGAGCUGCCACUGCCCCGGGAGGCAGCUUCGGGAAGGCAACACCCCUGCUCACCACAGCCACUGAUACCCCAUGGGCUGGGCCUACAGAUACACCCCUUAGUCCCUCACCAGCUGCAACAAAGCACAAUGUCAUUGUCCCUGGGGUGCAACUGACCACGGUGAAACCUCCUGUGCUGACAACACCGGCCACCACCCCCAGUGAUGCUAGCACCAUGAAAGCCCACAGAGCCGAAACGCCUGCUGCCACUAAGCACGUGUAUACCACUAGUGAAAGCACAGAAGCUGUGGAUCCCACAGCUGCAGGGCCUGGUGAAGCCACUGAGGAAAGCAUUCCUGUCACAAGUCCUUCUAAAACCCUUGCAACCAGCAAGACCACUGUGAGCAUAGUAACUACUUUGGCUGGUACCAAACCAACCACCGUUUCCCCACUGAGUAGCACAACUGCACUGAGGAUGUCGUCUCCAGCAACAGAUGUGGAUAAAUGCCUUUCUAACCCUUGUCCUGCACUGGCCACCUGCAACAACACCCAUGGCUCCUAUGUCUGUCAAUGUCCUCUUGGAUAUGAGCUGGAAAAAGGGAAGUGCAAUUUAGUAAGAAUAUUUAUCGGCCAGGUCCCCCUGAAACUUAAUAUUACACAUGGGAAGUACACAGAGCUGCCCCAUGUUGAGGAUGAAAUCCUGACAAUGCUCAAUGCUUCACUGUCAGGCUUGCCAGGGUACCACCACUCCACAGUUAAGGCCACCAGGGAGGCAAAUUUUGUGCAUGUUUCAGUGCAAUCCACGUUCUCUUUAGCAUCCAACGUGACUUUCUAUGACGUUGUCAGCAGUGUGAGAAGUUACAUUCGAGCUUGCAAAUCCCCCACCGAUGCCUGUCAGUUCAUCUCCAGCCUGAAACCACUCCACAGAGUUGGCAGCUUGUGCAAGCAGAAAGACCCUGAGUGUGACAAGGAAACUUCUGAGUGCACUGACUUCGACGGAGUCGCGCUCUGCCAGUGCAAAAGUGGAUACUUCAAAUACAACAAGAUGGACCACUCCUGCAGAGCCUGUGAAGAUGGAUAUAAGCUGGAAAAUGAGACCUGUGUGAGCUGCCCAUUCGGCUUAGGUGGAUUCAACUGUGGAAACCCAUAUCAGCUCAUCACUGUGGUGAUCGCAGCUGCAGGAGGAGGACUUCUGCUCAUCAUGGGCAUAGCACUGAUUGUCACCUGCUGCCGGAAGAAUAAAAAUGACAUAAGUAAACUCAUUUUCAAGAGUGGGGAUUUCCAGAUGUCACCCUAUGCUGAAUAUCCGAAGAACCCCCGGGCACAGGAGUGGGGCAGAGAGACCAUAGAGAUGCAGGAGAAUGGAAGCACCAAGAACCUGUUGCAGAUGACAGAUGUGUAUUAUUCGCCAACUGGACUGAGAAAUCCUGAACUGGAAAGAAACGGACUUUAUCCUCCCUACACUGGUUUGCCGGGAUCUCGACAUUCGUGCAUCUACCCUGGACAAUACAAUCCAUCCUUUAUUAGUGAUGAAACCAGAAGAAGAGACUAUUUUUAGCAAGGAAUGGAGAGGGAGUGGAAGGUUGUCACAGUUUCAUGGCCUUUGAUCCCCAGGUACAAUCUGGUUCAGCCCACAUCAGUCUACUCUUCCCAUUUAACAGGAAGGACUUGGAACUUCAUUGCAAGCAUUACUGCCCUGAGGAAUGGUUACACUUGCUAAGCAGCGGAGAGGGAGGAGGAGGAGGAAGAAGAGAAGGAGGAGGGAAUGGCUCAAAGUGAACCUCACUAGAAGACCCAGAUGGAAGUUAACACAUGUACUCCAGAUUUGUUCUGUGUUGUUUCUUCACUCUACGCUACAUGGCAAGCAUGGAUCAAUACGGCAGAGGAACUGUACCCAGCACUCUGCAUCAAAUACCACUAGGGAGUGUUUUGUUUACAGAUCUAGUUCACUGUUGACUGUGCUUGUCAUCUUAGCCAACCUUCAUGCAAAGAUUCACUGUGCAUCUGCUUUUGGUAGGGCAAGUUUGUCCACUUCCUUUUACAUUGUUGCAUUGCUUUCUUUUUUGUACAUGAGAGGGCAGCUGAUAUGUUCUCUGGCCCUCACCUUCUUGCUGGUAGAAAUUCUCCAGAUGGGUGGGCCUUGCUGAAGCCUAGUACCUGGCAAUGUUGGAUGAAUUCAUGGGUUAGUUGUCUCCAAGGAGUAUGGGAAGGUUAGUCAUACCAUUGCAGUUUCAGCUGCAAAAAGGCACGGGUGAUCCUAUGUGCUCUUUGCAAACUUCCUGUGUAUAGGCAAGAGUCUGAAUAUGUUGGGGUUUUUGUCAAUCUCCAUUUUUCAGAAGAGAUACCACUACUUGUCAUCACAGGGCUUCCAUAUAGAAUAUUAUGAGGCUCUGUUUUCCUGCAGGGAUUUAAAUAUCUGUAGAAACAGCAAUAUAAUGUUAAAUAAUUGCUUGCAAGAAAGAAAAAGAUGAGCUGGGAAUUCAGCUUAUUCCUUACAAGGAGUCUGGGAAGGAGAAAUAAUGCUGUAGCUCUGUCUGGACAGGUGAAACCUGAAUUCUGGGCACUGCAAUUGAGACAGUUUUGAAGCCUCUGCAGCCCCCCUUGACUUCCAUAGGAGCUUUGAAGGCUUUCAGUACAUUGGAAAAUAAGGCUCCCGCAGUCUGUUGCAUCUAAGGGAGAGAGAAAAAUUAUGCUCUCAAUCCUGAUGUAGCGAAGGUCACUUAUGUUGAAGCAUUUUGCUUUCUUCUGUCCUAGUUUCGAGGCAGGCUUUCUCACCUAGGUGUGUUACUUCAUAUCAAGUAUCUUGGCAAAAGCUGAAGAAUGUGAGUUAUUACCUUCCUGACCAAAGAUUACAUUGAAAGCUCAUGAACUGUAUUCUGACCUGACCUGGGUGUUGAAAGAGAUCUUAUUAAUGAAAUGUAUUUACUGCUUACUAUGACUGCAGUGUUAACUUGAGUUAUCCAAAGCCUGUCCGGAUACAGAUACAUUCUUCCCCUGAAUGUGAUUGCACUUUCAAUCAAACUGGCUGCUUGUAUGAGGGUAGCAAAUAUCACAAUUCCUUAGCCAUUAGCCCAACAUUUCUGUGGUGCAUACAUAAACUAGUUUCACUGAAGGGCACAUACCCUCUGAUAUUCCCUUCUCCCCUACAGAGCUCAGAAAGACUCAGUGCUUACAAGUGGUUUAUAAGGUAGCUCAGCUUACUGAAGCACUAAGGACCACAAGAUGUGUCCCCCCAAGCGCCUAACCCUGAGUGAGAAUGUCAGUUCAGAUGCUGAUAUGUUGCGUGGUUGCUCCCCAGAGGCAAAUCUGGAAUGAUGAGGAGCAGGUGGUAGUACUUGUGUCCUACAGAUGCUGUGAGUCCCUCAAUCCUUUCCCAGCCACUUCAUAGGCUGUUGUGUUCCCUAUCAGAGGAAGGGGAGUUGGCACUAGGUAGUCAUCAGCAGCAUGGGCUAAGAGGUUUUUGGUCUCUGCUUGUAUUUACUUCUAUUUUCUCAAAACUGUAAGGCAGGAAAGGCACCACAAAUGUGUUUGAAAAGACAUAGUUUGGUGCACCAGCCAUAGCACACAAGCAUAAUGUCUUUUUAUGCCUCACCCCUUAUCUACUGUGUAGAAAGCAGUGUGGGCUUGCAGAAAAACAGAUCUUUGUGGAUGCCUAGGGCAGUAUCCUUUGCAGUUACAUGAUCUUAUGGUGGCAAAGCAUGAAACUUCAUGACUGUCUGGUCUAUAAUCAGCCUUGCAGGUGGUAGUUCACAGCUUAUUUCAGCUGUAGGGAAGAAAUGAACAGAUGCUCAUGGGAAGUACAGCUGCCUAAGGACCUGUAUUUAAGGAAAACCCUAGUUACAGCAGCCAAAAUAGUUUAACCGGUAAAGCACAAGAGCUAGCUGUUCCAGCCAUGCUGAUCAGUAUUUCUAGUCCAUCAGUGAUGUUCUCCCUUUCAUUGGCAGGUGAUAUCUUAACUGUACAGGAUCUGCUGGAUGAUGUGAACUAAGGGCUUGACACUGCUGUGCUGUGGGGUCCUUCAAAUCUGGCAUUGGCUGGGUUGUUUCUGUGUGAGGGAGUUGCCUCUGUUUUUGAGAGUGCAAAGGACAGAAAGGAUUGCCUUUCUCAUGGUAUGGAGGAGGAUUUCAUCUGUGUUACAAAAGAAAGGGGGGAAACUGGGAUUCAUGCUAAAUCUAAAUUCAGAGUGUAUAAAUGAGCACUGGGCUCUACCUCUAUUGACUAAAGCAGCUUAGCAAAGCAGUGAUGAUAAAACUUUACCUCAUGCCAGCCUUUUGUCAGAUAGGGAAGAGUUUAGGCUUAUGCUCAUAGGUAAAUCUGUUUAAUUGCUUGGUUGAUUAAAAAAAUGGGAAAUGUUCCUCUGUAUGCCAAGUACAAAGUAGGAAAUAUCAACUCACAAUUACAGAUAAGUCUUUAUAUAUAAAAAGUAACAGGGACUGUAUGAACGAAACUCCUUAUAGCAAAUUGCAAAUUGGAAGGGAUUUGAGUAGAAAUUAGAUAGGACUGUUCCUAGUUGAGAUCACACAAAAGUUUGCAAGUAAUUGAUUUUGAUUUCUUAAUGAUCUUCAAACUCUUCUUAAUGCUGUAUAGGGGAUUAGAGGGUCUCAGUAAGCCCAGCAGGAUUUUCUGGGUGAGGACUUCAAAAUUUAGCCUUUUCUGAAAGAAACAACUUUAUUGCAUCCAAAUUUUAUCUCUUCCAGAGCAGGUAAAAAUUAGAGAAUUUCUUACGACAAUGUGUCCUUUGCAGCCUGACCUUCUUUUUAGCUCUGGUAAGAAAGGAGUCACAGAGCGAAUGCAUAGCCCAGAGGAGGAGGAGAAGGGUCUCUCCUAACCUGCAUCACCUUCUCUGGGAGUUCCAGGAGACCCUACUCAGCAAGCAGAGGUAGAGGCAGGUGUCAGCACCGGGAUAAGUACAGGUGCUUUCCCACACGGUGAUCCAGGAAGUGUUUGCAGAGUUGGCAGAUGCAGACAGGGGUGUUUCAAUCUCUAUCAACUCAGUCACUCCCUGUGCUGUGAUGCUUCUCUCUUCACCCAAGCCCCACCAGUUCCCAGCUCCACUAGGGCAGAAGGGGUGGGUGCAGUGCAGUGUGUUUUGCCACAGUUGCGAAAGUUGUUUUAUUGGAGUUAUUCACUACCACACCCCAGCAGUGAUGGACUUGCCCUGCCACAGCAGGGGUGAGACUUGUUUCUGUGCAGCUCACCCUUGGCAAAGCUGCUGCUGGAAGUGUCUCUCUCUGCUUUCAUCUCGGCCAUAAACUUAGCACUCUCUGGCAGUGCAGUGGGGUUUGUCACUCCUGUUAGGUGUGAGAGGGGUCUUCACAUGCCCUCAAGCCCACUUUGAAAUGUGUGUGCCUUUCUGUUCAGUACCUAACUUGCAGUAAAAUGUCUGAAUAAGUACCUCUUAUUUCUCAGACUAUUUAGAUUACUUCUAGCUACCACAAAUUGCAAAUCUUGACCAUACUGGAUGCUUUUGACAAGUGGAAUUGCUCUCUACUGUCUGUGGCCUUAAGAUAGAAGUGGCAUGUUUCUUGUAAGGAGAAUGCAAGUAGUUCAGCCAGAUGUGGGGAAAGGAAGGAAAAAUAUACCUCCACUGCACUUCUAGAAAUCUGCUCCUGCUUCUGGCUGCUGUGGAAAGCUAGGGCAGCAGUCAGCAAAGGCAGUUGUAUGGCUGUAUUUUUUAUUAACUUUGGAGUAAAUGCUACCUUUGUUGCUUGCUGGGAAAAGAUGUGGGAGGCACGUGUUUGCUAUUAUACUGUGCUGGGAAAAGCCCUUCACCCACAGAAAUACUCCUGACAGCCAGCCUAGGAGAGGCAGCCUCAGUGAACAGAGCAGGAGAACAGAAACUUGAGGGAUCGUUCAAAAGAGAAGCUCAUACGUGCAGCUUUCCAGCAUCCCUGCCAUACACUGCUGCUCUACCUGGCCACCUCUUCCAGCUGCACUGGAAAAAUCAGGAGCCUUUUGCAUGCUGUUGAAACCUCACAGCACUGAAUUGAGCUGUAUGAGGGAAAAACGGGAUGGGGCAUUUUUGAUGCCUUUUGCCCUCCACAUUCAGAGCAUUAGGUAACACAACAAUCAUGAAUCUCGUUGUUGUUGCAUCAUGGUCAUACACUGAGUCAACCUUUGUGACCAACCUUCUGAAAGGUAUUUGCCUCCAUACUAAGUGGUAAUAAGAGUCUUUCAAAAUAGCAAUAAAACUGCAGUUAGAGAGAGGUUUUUGCCGUUGUGAAAUUAUUUCUGCCAGUACUUGUAAAGGCUUUUUGCCAGAAACCAAGAGAGCAGGAGACUGGGUUUGGACAUUGCUGCAGUCCAAGUGUUUUCCCAGGACUUGUCUUUAAUGCUGGUCAAUGGCCAUAUGCAUUCAAAAUUCAGCUGGACUUCUGAUUCCCUCAUAGUGAUGUUUAGUCUUUAGUUUUCUUCCUUAAAUUAACAAGAACGGAUGCAUUUUACUUAAAUGCCCUUCCUGUGCUGACUAAUGUUUUUUCCUCUUUACACACAAAGAACCUAAUCCAGCAUCUAUUAUAGUGACUGGGGUAACUCUCCAAUGGACUCUAAUGACAUUUUUUGUUUUAGGCCUGAAUUAUUCCACCACCAAGGUCACCUGUGUGUAGUACAUGCUUUCCAGUGGCUCUGUGUUCUGUCUGGUUUUGUGAUACUGUUGCUGCCUUUCCAUGUUGUAUUUAUUGUUUUAAAGUAUUCUUCUUUCUUACUGUAGCAGGACCUGUAUUAUGUGAGAUUGAACAAAGCAGGUUCAAGAUCUGAAAAACUUUCCUGAGAAGAGAAUUAAUGUGAAUUUUGCAUAGCUGUUUUACUGGUCAGCCAACCUGUUUCCUGUCAUAUAAGAUUUAGGGACUUAGAGAUGCUUCCUGCAGUCACAGAUAAGAAGUACUCUUCAGUUCACUCUUUCCUGGUCUCUCCAGAAAUGAAGCAAAAUCUCCCAGUUUCAUAAGGAGUAUGCACUAUAUGUUUGUGAGAUUUUGGGAGCUUUGCAAUGUGUAUUUAAAUAUUCGUUCUUUUGAACUUCUGAAAUUCAAAAUCAGAAAAGAAAUCCAUGAAGGGAUAAGAAACAAAACCCAAACCAAACAAAAACCCCACAAAACCCCCCAAAUAUAUUUACUUGUUUUGCAAAAGUAAACAUCUAAAGUGAGUGUGGCUUCUGUAUUAUAAGAUCAUACAUGGAAUGACACUUCCUCUGUGUAUGGUAGGUGUUGUGUGUGUCUGUAAUAUCCUUGUUGAGGGAAAACCAAGAAAGGGUGUCUAAUGUUCCUCAAAAGUAAUAUGCAAAUGCAGAGUCCCUUGGUCUUUAUUCUAGUAAAAUAUUAGAAGAGAUGGGAGUCUCAUUUGGGUUAAUGACUGCAGCAGGCCUCCCCCAGAUCUGCCAAAUCCUGUGUGGAAAAGUCCUGUGGAAUACAGUAAAAACUAAUCACUUCCCUCAAAGAGUGACAUAGAAUUCACUUGACAUGAAAAAGUCUCCAGUAAAAUCUGCUAGGAUGGGUUUACUUUAAAGAAAAAAGCUCAGACACAGCAGAAUAAAUACUAAAUAGUUUUACAGAAUUUCUUUUAAAAAUGAAAGUCAGCCAUUUGUUUCAAGCCCUGUUUAAUUCUACAGGACUUUUUCCUGACAGAAGGUCAAACUUGGUGUGUAAAAUCAUAAUGAUUUAUUUGAUCAACUUGCAGAAUUGCAGUAGUAAAGCUCACCUUUUGUGAGCUCUGUUUCAAAAGAUAAAGGUAUCAGCGUUUGUUUAUACUUCUUUUGUCAACCUGAAUGUAAACCUGCUUUAUGUCCUUUACAUUGCCCUGUUCCCUUCCCUGUAUCUCUGAAUGUUUGCUUCCAAGUCACUGGGUUCUGAGAGCAUCUUCCAAGCCAGUAUUAUUUAAAGGUGUAUCAUAUUUUCAGCCUCCACUAAUUAUACAGUACUGUAGUAGCAAAAUAUAAUUUUUAAGGAUUGGAUUAUUUUUAUACCUGCAUCCAAUAUUAUUAAAUCUGGCGUUCUAGUCAGUAUUACAAAAGGAUACAAUAAAACUA